AAGGUAACCAGCUCAGGGAGCCCAGACGCCAGGUGAGCCCCCCAGGAAAGAGUGAGUUCAAAUGGGCGCCAAGUGGUGGGGGGAGAGUCCAGAAAAGGAAAAAGAGUCGUGUGGGUCUGUGCACCAGAAGCUCAUUUCAUGCAUCAUUUCCCCAGGGCUCAGCUUCCGCCUUCUGCCCUUGCCCACUGCCUGUCAAAGCGUCUGGGGAAUGAGUGUGUCCCAGGAACGUCCAAGUGCCUGAGAUGUUGCUGCCACUGUUCUUGGCCAUGCUGUGGGGCGGGUCGCAGGCUCUGGACUUAUUCAAGCUGCAGGUGCAGGAGUCUGUGAUGGUGCAAGAAGGCCUGUGUGUGGUGGUGCCCUGCUCCAUCUUCUACCCCUCCAGAGGAUGGAGUCCCACCACCCCAGCUUACGGCUUCUGGUUCAGAGACCAGAGUCCCAGGCCCAGUCUGCCAGUGGCCACCAACAAGCCAGGUCAGGACGUGGACACUGACACCCAGGGCCGAUUCCAGCUCCUUGGUGAUCCCAGAGAGAGCUGCUCCUUGCUCAUCAGAGAGGCGCACCUGGAGGACACCUCACUGUACUUCUUCCGGUUCGAGAGAGGCGAUUAUGUGAAAUACAAUUUCAUGGAAUACAAGUUCUAUCUGCAGGUGACAGCCCUGACACAGAAGCCGGCGAUCUAUGUCCCCGAGAUCUUGCAGCCCGGGCACCAGGUGACGCUCUUCUGUGCAUUUAACUGGAUCUUUGAUGAAUGUCCCGUCCCUGCUGUCUCCUGGAUCGGGAACACCGUCUCCGCCAACGGGGCCAGCCCAAGAACUUCCUACUUCUCAGAGCUCACCUUCACACCCAGACCCCAGGACCACAACACUGAGCUCACCUGCAGAGUGGACUUCUCCGGAGAGGGUGUGAGCACACAGAACACCGUCUGGCUUAGCGUGGCCUAUGCCCCCAAAGACCUGAUUAUCAGCAUCUCCGACACCGAUGAGCCAGCUCUGGAGCCCAGGGGAAAGAACCUACACCUGGAAGUCAAGAAAGGCCAGUCCCUGCAGCUGCUCUGUGCCGUGGACAGUUUGCCACUGGCCACGCUGAGCUGGACCCUGCAGGACAGAGUCCUCUCUUGGUCCCACCCCUUGGGCUCCACAACUCUGGAGCUGGCACUGCCCAGGGUGAAGGCCGAGGACGCGGGUCGCUACACUUGCCGGGCUGAGAACAGGCUUGGCUUCUUGAGCCGCAGCCUGGACCUCUCAGUGCGGUAUGCCCCGGAGAACCUGAAAGUGGUGAUCUCGCGAGCAAACCACACAGCCCUGGAAAACUUGGAGAGCGGUGCAUCUCUUCAGGUCCUGGAGGGCCAAAGCCUGCGUCUCCUCUGUGUUGCUCACGGCAACCCCCCCGCCCAGCUGAGCUGGACCCACCGGGGACGGACUGUGAGCCCCUCCCAGCCCUCAGAUCCUGGGGUCCUGGAGCUGCCUCAGAUACAAACAGAGCAGGAAGGGGAGUUCACCUGCUGGGCUCAGAACCCGCUGGGCUCCCAAAAUAUUUCCCUGAGCCUCUCCGUGGUCUCUCCCCCGCAGCUGCUGGGCCCGUCCUGCUCCCAGGAGGAUGAGGGUCUGCGCUGCAGCUGCUCCUCCAGAGCCCGGCCGGCCCCCUCCCUGCGCUGGCGGCUCGGAGAGGGGCUGCUGGCGGGGGAACUCAGCAACGCCUCCUUCGAGGUCAGCUCCAGCUCCGCCGGGCCCUGGGCCAACAGUUCCCUGAGCCUCCGCGAGGGGCUCAGCUCCGGCCUCCGACUCAGCUGCGAGGCCCUGAACGCCCACGGGGCCCGGAGCGGGUCUGUCCUGCUGCUGCCAGAUGAGAAGGAACUCGCCUCCAGAGCGUUCUCCAGCGGAGUCUCUCUAGGGACUGGCGUCACCACCUUCCUCUUCCUCUGCUUCAUCCUGAUCCUCGUGAGGGCUCUGAGGAAGAAAUGGACCCAGGCAGAAGCUCCGCGGUCCAGGUUCUCACGCAGGAGCACGAUCCUGGAUUACAUCAACGUGAUCCCUAAGGCCGGCCCUCUGGUGAGUGCUCCCAAGUCGCUGCCUCCUGGUCCCCUGCUCUUACCUGGCACUGGGCAGGCGCUCAAGUAUUUGUUGCAUGAAGGAAGGAAGGCAGGAUGGUCGUUUUUCCCCCCUCCUUAUGCUCAGAAACAGAAAGCCAAACCAAGCAGUCCUUCCCAGCCUCCUCCAGAUGGUCACUCCCCGGAAGCCAGAAAGAACCAGAAGGAGCUCCAUCUCGUCUCCCACAACUGUCCAGGACCCAAGUCAUCCCCACAAGCCUCAGAAGCAGAGAACAACCAAGAGGAGCUCCAUUACGCUGUCCUCAACUUCCCAGGCCUCAGACCAUGGGAGACCCAGAGACCCAAGGGCACGCACCCAGAGUACGCUGAAAUCCAGUUCCACUGAGGGUCUACUGGGCCAGAGGACUUGGAUCCAGGCCAGGGAGAGAGGCAGGGCAAUUGGGAAGAGAACAGAGGGUGGUCUCUCUCUCUCUCUCUCUCUCUCUUUAAUCCUCCAAGGAUGGGUCAUCCCAUCCCAGACCCUAGCAUUUUGGAGCAGCUUGAUUAAUGUCUCCAGAGUUGUUGUUCAAUCACUCAUUCGUGUCCGACUCUUUGCAACGCCAUGGACUGUAGCCCUCCAGGCUUCCUUGUCCUUCACCAUCUCCUGGAGUUUUCUCAGACUCAUAUCCAUUGACUCAGUGAUGCCAUCCAAUCAUCUCAUCCUCUGUUGCCCCCUUCUCCUCCUGACCUUACUUCUCCAAAUACACUCUUCUGAGCAAGCAAAAGCUUUUCCUGGGAGAAACCCAGGCCCCGCCCCAGCUGAUUACUCACAGUCUCAGUUUCUCAAGGGCUGGGAGGGACUUUAGAGAGGAUGAGGCAAUCCUGUUUGUGAGGUCGCCCAGACAACCUCAUGGGUCAAGUCUGGGCCGCUGGGGCUUUGAUGGCACCUGUGAGCAUUUUUUACAUUUUAAAUUAUUCAAGGGAAAAAAAAUCAAAAGAAGGAUGUUUUAUGAUGCAUGGAAAUGACUUGAGAUUCAAAUUUCAGUGUCCCUAAAUAAAGCUUUAUUGGAGCACA